UCAGCGAAUGAUUUCAUAAUCAGUAGUUCAUCCGUCGACUGCUCACGUGAUCGCUCCAAAUACCAAAGCUACCUAAAUAAUCCAAAAUGCAACUUCAACUGUUGAUAUUCUUAGCGCUAUUUUGCGUUGCAGUCAGUCAGCCACCAGGCGACAUGUGUCUUAAGGACAACAAUGUGACGCAUGCCGAAUUGGAGGCACUGUCCCCCAAUUCGCCCGUCGAGAACGUCGCUCCCAAUAUCAAGUGCUAUGCCAAGUGUCUGCUGAGGGAUUACAUUGGCGACGAUAACAAGCUGAGCCUGGAGCGCAUAGGCGACAACGCCAAUGCCCAAGAGAAGGUCGUCCUUCAGCAGUGCAUGUCGCAGUACGAUGACAUUAGCUCCACGGUUCCCUGUGACUAUGGAUACCUCCUUUUACAGUGCCUGACGCUGCGCACGGAGCCGAAGCGCAGCGUGGAGAUUGGAUAUGUGUACAAUAAAUCUUAGCUAGUAUCAGAUGCAGAUCAAGCUCAAUAAAUUUACAAAGAAUAUUGCAUUUAUUAUGUUAAAAACUCGUCUACAAAUUGUGCAAUAACUUGUUUUUUUUUAUCACUGACUGAUGCGCAGAAUCCGUGGGCUCUAACUUGUUAUUACGUGUCACGUUAGUAACUUCUGUUGACAAUUGUGUUUUUAUUUUCGAGUACACCGUGAAUUUCUAUUGUUCUUUUUUUUAGCUAAGUUGUCAUACUAUUUUUUAUGUUUGUGCUAACAGAAAAGAACCAGAAGAAAAUAUCUC